AUGAUAAAUAGAAUUAGUAAUUCAAUUCGUAAUAUUGGAUUAAAAUUUUCAAAGAAUAAUCAAGGUAAAAUCAAUAACAAUGAUGGUAAACAACUUUAUUCACAAGGUGAUCAAGAGAUGAUUGAUACAUUUAAAGCUUACAUUGCAACUGAGACUUAUAGAUCAUGUUAUUAUGAAUAUGAUGGUAAUUUCGAGAAAUUCACAGAGAAUGAAGAAAACCUCGAUAAAAUCAUUGACAACCCACCAAAAUAUAUACAACAAAAGAAUAGAAUCAAAGAGAUAAUCGAUUCACAAAUUAUGGAAAUGUUUGAAUUGAUACAUUCAUAUGGUGGUGAAAAUAGUUACCCACCGCCAUUAAAAGAUUUACCAUACUAUUCAAUGGAGGAAAAGGUAAAGAGAUGUUUAAAAAUCAAAGAGACAGAUAAUCAAGGUAACCCAAUCGACCAUCCACGUGGAUUUAGAUUACAUGUCAGAAAAUCUGACAUCAAUCAUGAGGAAGCAGGUUACGGUGUGCACAUCGAGGGUGAGUGUGUGCCAGGCACGGUCAUUGCGAUUUACCCAGGUGACACAUACGAUGGUGAUAAUAUCCCGUCCAAUGUAAUCUCAGACAACGAUUAUAUGAUAUCACGUUACGAUGGCACAGUAAUUGAUGGUAGGUCAUGGAAUAAACGAGCUGAUGAAUUAAUUUUAAAAGAGAAAUUCUUUAAAAAACUUGGUACAAAAUCAAGUGGUACUGAUUUACUUUGUUAUAAAAAUCCAUUUGCAAUUGGUAACUUUAUAAAUCAUCCACCAAUUAUUACUAAAGAUGGUGAUGGUGAUACUGAUCAAACUAAAGAACCAAAUGUUAUUGCAUAUAGUUAUAAUUUUAGAAGCAAUUUUCCAAAUCAUUUAUCUCAAUAUAUUCCAAAUAAAACAGUCACUGAACAUUCAAUAUUUAAUGAUACUUCUGUAUUACGUAGAUCAUUAUUAUUGAUUGCAUUUAAACCAAUUAAAAAUCAAGAAGUAUUUUUAAAUUAUCGUUUCAAUCCUGAUUUACCUUAUCCAAAUUGGUAUAAACAACCAGAUUUAGAAGAAGCAAAAAGAAGAUGGGGUUCAACAAGAUCACUUUCUAUUCAUUCAAUUAUUAAUAGAAAUUAA